AUGAGGAUACCUCGUGAUGCAUUUAAUAAAACUAAAAGCGAUGACAGCUCUCCCAGCAAGCUCGACGAUGAACUAGAAGAGCCUCCAAAAGUCAUCAUCACUGAAUCGGUGCUUACAGCACUGCGACGCUGUACCUGUCACCUAGUCACUAUCCUGGUCACCAUUACAAUCAUAACCUUGGCCCUGAAAGGCGUUUACUUGGGAGCCGAUCUGAUGUCGCCGGUGAGAUCCGAGACCAUCAAUCUCAUGUUCCUCCAGUUGGCUGCAAAAGCUCAUGAGAUCAUGAUUGUGAAUAGCCUCGGCCUUAUUGUUCUACAUUUCGUCCGAUCCGAGCUCCUUUUUGGAGAUGGACUACCCCUCGGCCUGGUAGGCUCUGGCUUAACCUUCAAUAACUUCGAGUCCUUCUUUAAGAAAGAAUUCUAUGGCACGUUGAAAUACGUUGGUGAUCGUGGCAAUAAACCCAGGAAGGUCAUGUUUGUCAUGGUAGUCGUCGUGGCUGGACUCACGGCUGCACUGGCUGGACCCGCAAGUGCGGUCCUCCUCGUGCCCAAAUCCCAGGACCUGGCCGCUGGAGGCACUCGUUUUUAUUUGAAUGGCUCAGAGGGUGACUUUUGGCCAGCCGACUUAUCAGGAGACUUAUCGGCGCUUCGGUCAUUGUGCAACCGCAACGACUCGACUCUUCUGGGAAUCUGUCCUGCGGGUGGGUUUCAGUCCCUGUGGAAGCAUUGGGGAACUGUCAAUUCCACCAAUUUUCGCACGCACAACGUUCGCUCUUAUGCGAAUGAUCUCUCUGGCUCGAACUUCUAUUGGCCGGUAUCCAGUCCCUCGUCUCAAGUCCCCCCUCUCUAUGCGCUAGGAAACAGCAAAAAUGGCGACACCGAUGCAACAACACUCAUUCAACCACAUGUAGCAGCCGUGGUGAUCUUGCAAAAGCUCGCUACCGAUUGGUGGAAGGCUUUGACAUCACAACGAGACAUAUCUCCCGAUAACGUUGGUGACCGGAUUAUUUCUGCCAAUGUCAGGAGUGGGAUUAGUGUCGUCCGCUGCGCGAACCCGCGGGAGUUGCUGGGCGCAGACAACGCUGUGAAAUUCCCAUCCAUCAAUGGCCGGUUCAACUUCGCCCAAAGCUUGCCACUUGCCGUACACAGUCUCAACAAUACUGCUGUUAAUCACUUGCGAUUUCAAUGGGUCCAUCUGUCAGCUCAAUUUGGCGCAGCUAGUAUUGGAGCAGUAUUUGAGACACCAUGGGAAUCCAAGAAGGCCUCCAGAGUUGUGGUCGGCUGUACGGCUCAAGCUGGAUGGGUCCCGACAACGGUGUUCACCAACAAAUACAAUUUCUGGACCGGAUGGUACCCGUGGAACAUUCAAUAUGCCGACCGCACGCCCGAAUGGUCCGCCACGUCACAGGCUUCUAGUAAUGGUCGAAUAUCUCUUGGGGAUGACUGGCUGAAUCUCCUGACACCCCCAACAACCUCUCCUGAUAUCAGCUCCUGGCGACAAUCCACGAUUGAGAGUAUUCUCCUGAAUGCUGGCCUGGGCUCCUUUCCAAAUGCAACUACCGCAGGCUGGCUUGAUCGAGGGUCCGGUAGUCAAGCCAAGGUUGCUCUCGUUGAAGCCAUUAUUUGCAGCGUGAUUGUGGACGGUCUAAGCCGUACCGGAAGUUAUCGAGCGUUCAAUACUUCAGGAGCAAGCUCUCAGUGGCCGCUAGCGAAUUACAAGCUUUUUCCUGACUUUGAGAAACAAAUUCUAGGAAAUAAGCUUGCCUUGAAAAUUCCCGCCGUCAGCCCUGAGAAUCUCACAACGAUUGAGGCGAGCAUGAAAAUAAGUGGUUUCUCAUUCAAAGGCUCUCUGACAUCAUAUCUUGCCAUGACAGUCCUCCUUACUCACCUCAUCAUGGCUACUGCCCACGUUAUAUACGUCAUCCGCAGUAGACACACAUCACGCAGCUGGGGCUCGGUUGCCGAACUCAUCGCUCUCUCGCAAACUUCCCAGCCAGCAUUCGAUGCCUUGGGCAACACCAGCAGCGGAAUCAAGAGCCGCAAAACCUUCUUGCAGAUGGCAAAAAUUAGAGUGAGGAAGACUCCUAACUUGCCAAACCAUAAACAUCAUGCACAUCAUGAACAUGUUGAAUUGUUGUUUGAAAGCUCUGUCUUUCCUGGCCACGAACGGAAUGCCCCCGAGCACGAGCUGGACGAGCUACACAAUGAAUGGCUGAGUCAUGCUGCGACGUGGCCUCUAAAUAUAUCCGAACUCCCAACACAUACUGAUUUGGAUGAUUGGAGUAUGUUGACUUCUGCAGAGAGGCUUGUUGACAGCAAGGAAGCAACAGACAUCGUUCGACCCAGCCAACAAUAUGGAUGA